UUAAUGUACAUCUGGGGACGACAUUUUGAAAAAGUACCCGAAUCCUUUAAUUUUUUUUAAUGUGCCCACAAGUUUAAAUCGGAUUCAAGCUGCGCGCUCACUGAUCACUCAGCGGCGGCAGAAGUUUGCACAAGGAUGAACUUUGAAGUUUGCACCAAACAAUUGUUACAUGACAUGCCUGUUACUAUCACCAUGCCUCGCCAACAAGCACCAAUGGAUCUCACCCAUUUCAUUCCUGAUAAGAUGAAAGAAUGUGAUCGCAAAAUACGGCAAAAAGAUGAAAGAAUCAUUGCCCUGGAAACAGAAAAUGCCAUGCUGUAUCUCAAACUGGCACAGCUUCAAGGUGAAGUAAUCAGCAGUCGUGAGGCCAUGGGUCAUCUGAAACGUGUUAUGGAUGUUGAGGAUGAUACACAGCUGCGUGUUGGACGUGCCUGCUCUCAGAUCUAUCAGCAAGUACAGGACACUAAGCGUGACCUCAAGCAGCUACGUGAAGUUGUGAGGUCAAUACCGAGUAAGAUGACCUUUGACCUGACUUCACUGCAAGACAAAGCAGCGUCUCUCAGUCAGUCGCUCAUUACAGAUAAUUUGGAGUCGAAAGACCUGAGGGAGAGGUUAGAAGAGCUGGAGGAAGGAAUCAAGACGGCUGAGGAGAGAUUCACGAAGGAGAAAAAGAGAAGGAAACAGCUGCACAACACACUGGUGGAACUACGAGGUAACAUCAGAGUGCAUUGUAGAUCCAGACCGAUCAUGGCAAGAGACUCUAGGCAGGGCUCACAAUUAGAGCAGGUGGUUCAUGUAAUUGACGAUGAAAACCUAUCAGUCAAGUACAACAAACCGGGGUCUGGAGCCACCAACAAAAUGUUUGAGUUUGAACAUGUUUACUCACCACAAGAUGUCCAAUCUGAUGUAUUUGAGGAAGUACAACCUUUGCUGACCUCACUUCUUGAUGGUUAUAAUGUGUGUAUCAUGGCCUACGGACAGACGGGCAGUGGGAAGACAUAUACCAUGCUUGGAGAUAACUAUACUGACCUGCAUAAAGACAUCGGUGAGGAGUUAGAUAUGCAUCCAUCAGAUGGAGUCAUACCCAGAGCUGCAGUGGAAAUGUUCAAAUUGAUAGAAGACAAGCCAGCCAACAGUCACAGCCUUGAAGUGUCCGUUGUUGAGGUUUAUAAUAACGAUAUCCGGGACCUCUUAGAGCCUGACGCCGGUGUCGCCAAACUCAAUCUUCGCACUGCUGAUGACGGCUCAAUGGAAAUACCCUCACUGACACAAAGACAAGUGGAAAGUGCAGCUGAAGUUGUGGGGAUCGUACAGCACGGAAUGUUACAUAGACAUGAAGAUGCCACAUUCGUACACGCUCACUCCAGCCGAUCCCAUCUCAUUGUAACACUGACCGUCACUACCUACCCUAGAGGGGCACCAACCACAACACCCAAUGCAUCCAGGAGUGCUUCACCAGUAGCUGAACUUCCAUCACCAGGAAGUUUCCCAUCCAGGAGUACGAGGCGUAACAUGUCGAUACCGGCCAUCUCAUUCCAAGCAAUCUCAUCUCUGAGUGGAACGCAGUCGCCAAUCUCAUCAGCGAGUGGUACACCUGUUUUCUUCCCUUCUAGCCAGCCUGGUGUCGUUAAGACUAAACUGCAGCUGGUCGACCUGGCAGGAAGUGAAUGCGUUGGUAUGUCUGGUGUGACAGGCGCUGCCUUACGAGAGACCUCCCACAUCAAUCGGAGUUUGUCCGCCCUGUCCGAUGUACUCGCUGCUUUGGCCGAGGGCAGGUCUCAUGUACCUUACCGUAACAGUCGUCUCACGCAUCUACUGCAGGAUUCCAUUGGCGGUGAUGCCAAACUCCUGGUACUCUGCUGUGUGUCACCGACGCAGGCUUUUGCCACAGAGACGCUGCAGUGCCUUGGAUUUGGAACCAGGGCAAGACAGGUGCAGCGGGGACCAACUAAGAAACGCAAUGCAUCUGGAAAUAGUAGCGCCACCGGUAGUAGUAACAUUCACCCAAGUCAAGGAGGUGAUAUGUCGCCAAUAGCUAUCGCCAGAAAUAGAGGCCACAGAGCGAGUAUUGCAGUCACCUCUUCUGGAUCCUUACUCCCCGUCCCUCGACUCCUCAAGGAAUCCCAUAUGAGACACAGAGGGAGUGUGCCAAAUCUAGAGACACAACUUGCUCAAUUUAAUGCUGGUCGCAGAUCACCAAGACCUGCACGUCCUGCUAUCAACAGGAGUGACAGCUAUCAUAAAUGAGCCAUAACUACAGAUCAAAGCUAUACAUGUACAUGUACUUUAAAUCCAAAGCUGUGUUAAGACCAAGGUGAAUGAUGGUCACUUGUGCGCCAACCAAGGCUGCAAAGUAGUGACCACCAAAGUUUAAAGAGCCAAUAAAGGAUGAUCUCAAUAUGUCAACUAUUACCUUUUUAUGGCCAAAUAGACAUCGCAGA